AUGUCCAUGAAGCGCUUCUCCUCCCUCCACACCCUCUUCUUCCUAGCCGCCCUCGUCAUCCUCUGGCUCGGCUGGUCCAACAUCCGGCUACAAGGAUCAAACUACUCGUCAAGGCAUCAGGGACUGAGGGACAAUGGCAUAACGAAGGGCACGAUCGACGAAAAGUACAUCAACCAUGGCCCCAUCGGAUCAGAACAUGACCUUCCCCUGGUUUCGGAUCGGACCACCUCCCCGCUCGAGACCCUCCGCAAGCCCUACACCAUCGUCACCGCAGCCUCGUCCAACCAUUUCUGUGCGCUCGAGUCCUUCCUCUACUCGCUCUCCGAGGUUCUCGACGGCCUCGAACGGACAGAGCUCCGCCCCACAAUCGUCGUUUACAACCUCGGCGGUAUGACACCCCAGCAGAUGGAACAGAUGGAGUGGCUCAAGGAUAACCAGUACAUGGACGAGUACAAGGACUUUGAUUACUCGGCCUACCCUGAUUUCUGGGACAUCAAAGUCGCCCGUGGAGAGUAUGGCUGGAAGUCAGGCAUCAUUCAGGAGGUUGCUGACAAGUACCGUGGACUGAUUCUCUGGUUGGAUUCCGGCAACAUGUUGGCAUUGGACUUUUUGAGAUACCUCCCCGGUUACCUGGACAUGUAUGGAUUCUGGAGCCCUCAGAGUUCGGGUACCUUCCAGCAGUACACCCACGCGGGUCUUCCCCAGUUCUAUGGCGAUUCGGUGGAGAACUAUUUGCAAGAGUCCAACUGUAACGGAGCCGCAGUGGCGUUUGAUGCGUCGAACGACAAGAUCUACUAUGGACUCUUGAAGGAGUGGUUCCGCUGCUCGUCGACCAAGGAGUGUAUCGCCCCCACGGGAUCGUCUCGUUCCAACCAUCGUCAGGACCAGGCAGCCUUGACCUACCUGGUCAAGAAGAUGAACUUUAAGGAGCAGUGUCGCCACUUCCCCGAGCACUAUGGAGUCACCGUUCAUCAGGACAAGGUCUGCAAGGAGAGGAUACGUGCCUAUAAGAUCAUGAAGGGUAUGGACCAGGAGCUCCAGCCCCUGGAUGGCGAUCUCGAGGAAGAGGAGGAGGAUGACUAG